AAUGAGAGAGAAACUGCUGGUACAGCAGGCCCACACACACACCCCUCCCCUCUCAGCCCCUCCCUGGUGCUCAGUGGCAGACUGUGUGUGUUUUUUGCUGUAAGGACAUGUGGGAGUGGUUUGUAAAUGAAAAGUGUUGGAACAUUUUUGUUACUUCUUCAUUUUGGAAACAAAUGGACACUAAACUCUGAGGGAAAAGGAAGCAUUAUAUUUUGAUGUUUUGGUGUUUUAUUGCUGGUGAUCACAGACGUAUUUUUAGUUUUUCAUACCAGGAGUCAUUAAUGCUGGCUCUGUUUGCGUAUCUGUGAGCAUGACCUCACCGCGUUAUCCACUGGGAGCUUCAGACUUGUUAUUGUUCUGAAACAAAUGGGUGAUUUGAGAGACAUUCAGCAAACUCGUGUUAAAGCAGGGCAGGCUGCUGCUGCUGCUGGGAGAGGAUUUGAUCUUCACACGUAAUAUUGAUUGGCUGCAGGCAACUUUGGACAACACAUAUCUGUGGUUGCAUCUCUGAGACACGUCUGGCUUUUAUUGAAUUUGGGUCCAUGGAGCUGUCAGCCUGAGGCCGAAACAUGUGAUAUAUUAUGUGGGAUGAACAACCAGAUGGAUCUGCAAGGAAGUCAAGUGUGAAGCUGCAAGGAGACAAGUAGAGCAACUAUUUUAGAGCUGUUUACUGAGAGCUGGUUCUGUAAAAUGCAAUCAUAAAAGAAUAGGAUUGCUUCUACUGACUGACUUAAUUCCUAACUUUUGUGUAAUUUAAAUCUGAUCCUACUUUUAUUUGUUUUUCCUCUUUGUUUUUAGAAUUUUUGGUGUUUUCCAUUAUUAUUUUAAAUUAAAUUUUAGUUUCUGUACUAUUUCCUCUUUUGUUUUUUGGUCCAGUUUGGGGAUUCUGUCUGACAGGAAGGACGCAUAAAAGCAACUUUCGUACAAACACAGCUCUUUCUUACUAAAUUAUAGAGUUAGGACCAGAGUCCAAAUAGCGAAGGAGACUAAUGUCAAAGUGUUCUUUCAUCAAUGACGUCGACAUUGACAAUAACGCCUCUUAUCAAAUCUUUUUAUUUUCUUUUUUAACCGCUGAGACAUCCGUAUCUGUGUGGACCGUAUCUGGACUGCCCUCGUGACUCUGUCUCUGGUGUUCCCAUCAGGCCUGAGUGGAAUGUUUUCCCAUCUGUGUCUCCAGAUGUGUGUGAAUGUUGCAAAGAGAGCAGUGCACUGUGAAAGACACACACACACCUCUGGUGGUGUGUGAGCAUCAGGGACCUUGAUACUUUCACACAGCUGAGGCGCGCGGAACAAUUGUGAUCAAUGGAGACCUCCUGCAGCCCACCGACUGGUUUCCAUGACCAUCAGUCCUGUAACGAGAGCCCAGUAAUGAUUUCCUCAUAUUCCUUACAGUUAGAGCUAGACAGUGGUGAUGGAGGAGGUAAUUAUGACAUCGUUAACAACGCUGUGGUUUCAACCCCCGGGCCACAAAACUCCAGAACCCAAAAUGCCUCAUUGAGGCAAAGCUGGGAGAUGAACUACCAGGAAGCAGCUAUAUAUCUGCAGGAAGGAGAGAACAAUGACAAGUUCUUCACGCACCCGCGGAACCCCAAGGCUCUCGCGGCGUACCUGUUUGCCCACAACCACCUGUUCUACAUGAUGGAGCUGGUGACAGGCCUGAUGCUGCUGAUGCUUUCGCUGUGCGAGGCUCCUGCCGUCCCCACGCUGCGCCUGGAUGUCUACAUUCAUGCCACUCUGGAGCUCCUGGCUUUGACUCUGGUGGGUUUUGAGCUCUGCAUGAAACUCCGCUGGCUCGGCUUCCACACGUUCAUCCGACACAGGAGGACGAUGGUGAAGACUUCCGUGUUGCUGCUGCAGUUUGUGGAGGCCAUCGUAGUUCUGGUCAGACAAACGUCUCACUUGCGAGUGACCCGAGCACUCAGACCCAUAUUCCUGGUGGACUGUAGAUACUGUGGGGCGGUGCGGAGAAACUUGCGUCAGAUCUUCCAGUCCCUUCCAUCUUUUAUUGACAUACUCCUCCUGCUGCUUUUCUUCAUGGUUAUUUUUGCCAUUUUGGGUUUCUGCCUCUUUUCUACAAAUUCUGCCGACCCGUUCUUCAAAACUCUUGAGGACAGCCUCGUCAGCCUGUUCGUGCUGCUGACCACAGCAAAUUUCCCUGAUGUGAUGAUGCCAGCGUACGCCAAGAACCGCUGGUCUUGUGUUUUCUUCAUAGUUUACCUCUCCAUAGAGCUCUACUUCAUCAUGAACCUGCUCCUGGCGGUGGUGUUUGAUACGUUUAACGACGUUGAGAAGAUGAAGUUUAAGUCUCUUUUGCUGCACAAACGCUCUGCUAUUGACCACGCCUUCCAGCUGUUGGUCAGCCGACAGAGGCCGAUGGGUGUGUCCCUAAAACAGUUUGACGGUCUGAUGCGUUUUUACAGACCACGCAUGUCUGCAAGAGAGCGCUUCCUCACUUUUAAAGCCCUGAACACAUCAGGAGCUCCGAUGCUCAGUCUUCAGGACUUUUAUAAGUUUUAUGAGGUCAUUGGCCUUAAAUGGAAGACACGACGGAGCCGUGAACACUGGUUUGAUGACCUCCCUCACACAGCCUUCCUCAUUUUUAAGGGAAUCUACCUGCUUGUGAAGUCGAAGGCCUUCCAGUACGCCAUGUAUGUGGUCGUGGCCGUCAAUGCUGUGUGGAUCCUUGUGGAGACGUUCACACUGGAGAGUGGAUAUUCUUGGUCCAAAUUUGUUCCCUUGAGUUACAUUAUUUUCCUGACGAUCUACGGUAUUGAAGUGUUGUUGAAGAUAACUGGUUUGGGUCCCAUGGCUUAUUUCAGCUCUGGGUGGAAUCUGUUCGAUUUCUCCGUGACCGCGUUCGCCUUCCUCGGGCUGAUCGCUCUCGUCUUCAACAUGGAGCCCUUCUACUUCAUCGUAGUUCUCAGACCCUUCCAGCUGCUCCGGCUAUUUAAGAUAAAGCAGCGGUAUCGGAACGUGUUGGACACCAUGUUUGAGCUCUUCCCCAGGAUGGCGAGUCUGGGACUGACUCUGAUCAUCUUUUAUUAUUCCUUUGCCAUUGUGGGAAUGGAGUUCUUUGCAGAUGUAGUUUACCCCAACUGCUGCAACACCAGCACCGUGGCAAACUCCUACAGGCAGAUCAACAUCACUGAAGGCAACAGAACGGUGUUGGAGGAAGGCUACUAUUAUCUCAAUAACUUCAACAACAUCCUCAGCAGCUUUGUGACCCUGUUCGAGCUGACCGUGGUCAACAACUGGUACAUCACCAUGGAAGGAGUGACGUCCAUGACGAGCCACUGGAGCCGUUUGUACUUCAUGACUUUCUACAUCGUUACCAUGGUGGUGAUGACCAUCAUUGUAGCUUUUAUUCUGGAUGCGUUUGUGUUCCGUAUGAACUACAGCCGCAAGAACCGGGAACAGGUGGAUAAUCCAGAGGAUGAGAACGGGAUCGUGUUUGAUGUAGAAGUGAAGCAAGAUGAAGCUCUGGCCACUCUGGAUUUGUACAAACAGAUGUCCCCUGGGCCGUCCUCGCUCAGCUCGCUGGUUCGAGUACUACAGUCUAUGGACAGGAGCGGGCACACGUCUCUGCUGUACCUGGGUCGCAGGUCAAGGACAAAAAGCGACCUCAGUAUGAAAAUGUACGAGGAAGAGAUCCAGGAGUGGUACUCGGAGUACUCCAGGAAAAACCUGCCUCAGCUGGAUCAGAGCCUGAGAACAGUAGGCGGAAGUUUCGGCUCCGACUCGUGUUCGUUGUCAGAACCUGAGCAGAACUCUCUGAGUGAUCAGCACAGCAUUAACUAGCAUGUUCUCAUCACCCGAAGAGAAGAAACUCGAGCACUUUCAAUUCUCAGACACUCACAACCGUCAGUGGGGUGAACAACAAACCGGAUCUCCCGGAGUGUUGGAGUCGCAGCACAAGCUACCAGAAAGCAUCUACUAGCACCAUCUGUCGUGUACUUGUUCUUCUGCAGGGCCUGUGUUAUUAUAAAUCCUGUAUUUAAACCCGAUGCCUUAGUUUAACGGCCUACCUGACCAGUAUUAACACGGAUCUGUACUAGUUAAAGAAUAAAAAAUAAACACUUAACACUCCUUUUCGCUCAUUCCAGCAAAUUUACAGUGUAAAGUUUCUCCUAGUGGUCUCAGCAGACUGAGUAUUUUACAUAUGACUUCUCAUUCUGUAACACGAGAAGGUUUUAAUAAACUAUUCUAAUAGUCAAA